CACACGAAAAUGGCGAACACGAGCACUCCGAUGAACGACGAGCUGAAAAAAUAAUUAUUAUUUUAAAUUCCGUUUUGCCAGCGAAAUUCGGUGCGUGCGCGAAAAGGUGUGCGGAAAACCGCGGUUGGCAAAUUUAAUCGAAGCAUUAUGAAGCGGUCAAAGUGCGGCGCCAAUGCAAAUGGUUAGCCAAAUGGCAAAAAUAUGUAGCGACAGCGUGCCAGCCCAGUAAAAUCAAAUAGAAUCAAAUUGAAGUUUCUUGCUUUGCGAAUUAUGAAAAACCAAUCGCAAUGCGUGUGUGUGUGUACGUGUGGUGCGUGCGCGCGUGUGUUAGUGAGCGAGCGUAGAAGCAGAAGGCGUAGCGCGAAAUAAAAAUAAAAACCGAACAAUAAUUGAUUUAAAAUAAAAAAGAAAAAAGUAAACGGAAAAAGGCCAACAAACAAAAAACAGCAGAAGCAACAAAAAACACACGAGAAGCAGCUGCAAAAACAACACAAAACUGGCGGUCAACACGCAUGCAGAACGAUAAAAACACAAAAAAAAGAAACUAGAAGCAACAAUAAAAACGCAACGUAACGGGAACUCUUUGACGUAUUUCCUCUAUUAUUAUGCAAAAAGGCAGGCGGCAAAUUGCAGCAGCAGCGAAAAUCAAAUAUAAAUAGCGAAAAGCAGGAUACUACUGGAUACACACCUUUAGCCAGCGUGUUGAGCACGCCAGAAGCAUAAACAGAAGUCGGCAACAGGAAUUUAGCCAGCAGGCUUGAAACGAAUACGACCAUCAGAAACAUCAAAACCAUCAAAAGCAUCGAAAUGGCAGCGGUUCGAGGACAUCAGUACUUCAGCCUGCGCUGGAACAACUACCAGAACACGAUGACGUCAGUGUUCCAGCAGCUGCGCGAGGAUCUCUCCUUCGUGGACGUCACCCUGUCCUGCGAGCACGGAUCCCUCAAGGCGCACAAGGUCGUCCUGUCCGCUUGUUCGACGUAUUUCCAAAAACUACUGCUCGAGAACCCGUGCAAACAUCCCACAAUCAUCCUGCCCGCCGACAUUAUCUUCACCGACCUGAAAACCAUCAUCGAUUUUGUUUAUCGUGGCGAGAUCGACGUCACCGAAUCGGAAUUACAGGUAAAUAUCGAACCUUGCCGACGACUCUCAAUCACAAGUUCCUCGUUAGGCCUCUUGCGCACCGCCGAGCAGCUAAAGAUCAAGGGACUCUGCGAAACCGCCGAGAACGCGGAUGACCUGAACGACGCGGCCACUGCAACGAUCACGGUUUCAGAGAACAUACAGCAGGCGGUCGUUGGCAAUAUAGUGAACGCCACCAUUGUUCCUGGAGCCCCGUCGCCCUCCUUGGAACAGCAGCAGCAACACCACCAGCAGCAACAGCAGGCACAGGAGCAGCACCAGCAACAGCAGGUGCAUACCCAGCAGCAACAGCAGCAGCAGCAACAAAUCAACGCUGCCCUGCUUACGCAACACGGAGUGUCCAGCGGAAGUGUUUCUCUCUCCGGGCAAUUGCUGAGCUCCUCGGCCAGCGGCAGCAGCGGAAGUUUAGCCGGCGGACAGCAGGCUCCACAGACGCCAUCCGGUUUGCAACCGACGCCGCGCAAGUCACGACUUAAGCGCUCCAAGUCGCCGGAUUUGCCAUCAGGCGGAGGAGCAGGAAGCUCUGUAGGAGGCUCGAGUAGCGGCUCAUCGCAGCAGCAACCGCAGCCGGCGCACCACCACCACCCGCAGACCAUUCUCAUCCAGGGCCAAAAUCCGAACUCCAUUGUGAGCCUUCAGCAGACGGCCGACGGCAAUUAUAUACCAGUUUCGGGUGCUGGCGACGAUUCAGAGGCCGAGGACCACGACCACGAGCACGAAAACAACCACGGACACGGGCACGGAGGACAUUCGCACGGACACGGCCACAGCCACGAUCAUAGUCACGAUCACGAGCACGAAAAUAAGCCGAACAAGAUCUGCAAGACCGAGCACUCGGUGGCCUCGCCGGCGUCCAAUUCAUCCAGCGCCUCGAACAAUGCAGCGGGCGUGAGCGGCGUGACUUCCACCGGCCAAGCCAUCGUCACACAAAUUGUAGUAGCGCGCGACGGAAAAGAUACAAAAAAUAUGACUAGUUUAGGCAUGGGCAUGAACGGCGGCCUGUUGGGCGUGCCCAUGGGAUUCCUGGACUUCACACCCGAGCCACCAGCACCAUCUGCCACCCCAGUCACCGUCACGGAGCACGUCGAUCUGUCCUGCAACCCUAGCACGGACACGCGCGAUCUAUCAAAUCCCACCGAACCUCUCGAUAUAGACAAUCAUCUGGCUCAGCAGAUCCAUCGGCUCGAUCAGUCCCCCAUGCACUCGAUAUCGCACCACCAUACAGGCGAUGAGAGCAACUCGAAUCUUGUGCAGCAUAUCAAGAGCGAAGUGAUCGAGGCCAAGCACCUGGCAGCUGCCCAGCAGCAUGCACUCAACCAGGCCCAGCAACAGCAUGCCCAUCACCAGGCCCACCAGCAGCACCAACAGCAUCAGCAGCAGCAACAUCAACAACAGCAACAGCAGCAACAUCUUCAUGCUCAGCAGCUCUUGGCCCAGAGUCAGUUGCAGCAGCAGCAGCAGCAGCAGCAGCAACAGCAGCAGCAGCAACACCACCAGCAGCAACAGCAGGCAGCAGCCGCCGCAGCAGCUGGUGUGCAUGGCCAGCAUGGGGGACACGUGACGCACGCCGACAUCGGCGGUGCCACAGUCAUGGAGAUUGAUCCGAGCCAGAUUAAACACGAGCCGGGCAUGAUAAUAACGCCAGAGAUUGUCAACAUGAUGUCCUCAGGGCAUAUGGAUAUGUAUAACUCGGACACGAGUGAGGAUUCGAUGAUGAUCGCCAACGGCUCGCCGCACGAUCAGAAGGAACCGCACUAUACGAAUUUGGAUCAGCAGCACGGUCUGGGUGGCAGCGUUUGCGGCCCGGGGCCCGGCGGUGCUGGUGGCGGUGGGGGCAUGAGUGGUGGGGCUGGCUCUGGCUCUGGCGAGAAAGGUCAGUUUAAUGGUCCCAAAGCUUGGACACAAGAUGAUAUGAAUUCAGCUUUAGAUGCAUUAAAGAACCAAAACAUGAGCCUGACGAAAGCAUCCGCCAUUUAUGGCAUCCCAUCGACCACCCUGUGGCAACGUGCUCAUCGCCUGGGCAUCGAAACGCCCAAGAAGGAGGGCGGCACCAAGUCGUGGAACGAGGAUGCCCUGCAGAAUGCCUUGGAGGCGCUGCGUUCUGGCCAGAUAUCCGCGAACAAAGCGUCAAAGGCCUUCGGCAUCCCCUCCUCGACGCUCUACAAGAUUGCUCGGCGCGAAGGCAUCCGCCUUGCGGCGCCCUUCAAUGCCGCCCCGACCACGUGGACGCCCGAGGAUCUGGAGCGUGCCUUGGAGGCGAUACGGGCGGGUAAUACUUCGGUGCAGAAAGCCAGCGCUGAGUUUGGCAUACCCACAGGAACACUUUACGGACGCUGCAAACGGGAGGGCAUUGAGCUGUCGCGUUCGAAUCCAACACCCUGGUCCGAGGAUGCCAUGAACGAGGCCCUGAACUCAGUGCGCGUUGGCCAAAUGUCCAUCAACCAGGCGGCCAUUCACUAUAACCUGCCCUACAGCUCGCUCUACGGCCGCUUCAAGCGCGGCAAAUACGACGUGGUGGCCAACACGAGUGGCGUGGCGCUGUUGAACACCUCAGGCAACACCACCGGCAGCAUUGAGAUUAUCGAGCACAGCCAGGAGAAUUCGUUGCAUAUGUUACAGCAACAGUUCCCGUAUAGUCCGUCGCCGCAUCCGCCAACGCCGCAGCAUCACAGCACGCCGCAGCACCACAGCUCGGCGCAGCAGGGUCCGCCGACGCCGCAGCACAUGCAGCAGCACGUGGUGCACAUGCAACAGCAGCAGCAGCAGUCGCCCCACCCGGGCCACCAUCCGCAGCAUAUGCAGCAAGACGUGGUUACAUCGAGCAGCCAGGUGGUGCACAGCCAACAGCAGCAGCUUCAGCAGAUCUAUCAGCACCACGGGACGCCGGAGCGUAGUUGAGAAUCACUGCAUGCUGCGACAAUAAUGGGCAGCACCGGUAGUGGCGGAGGUGGUGGGGUUGGAGGAGUUGCAGCCAGUACUAGCGUCGGCACGGCGGCCAGUAGCACGCCCUUCGCCAGCAUCUCGGCACUGGUCAGCGGACCGUCCAGUGCCCCACCACCGCCGGUAACUGCCAGUGGCUCGUCGGCAGUCAGUGGCGGCACCAGCAAGCGCAAGAAAGCCAACAAGCAAAAGCGUUGAGAGCAGGAGGAUGAUCAGCCACAAAAGGAGUUGGAAACAAUUGCGGCAGUGGCCAGGCCCGAGGACAUCAAGUUUAGAUUUAAUUGCAAGCACUGGAAGCGCAAGCUGCGGAAGUUUCAUUUGCUAUUGUCCAAACAGUAGUCAGUCAGUCAGUUAGGAAGAUAUACAUAUAUGAAUGAUCUACAGACCCACAGACAAAAAUUCCCAAGGGUAGGAUAAAGCAAUCACAAAACCACUUUUCAACUAGAUGGACAUUAAUUACACAACCGAGAUGUGUAUAAAAUGUAAAUAUUUAACGAAAUAUGCUUUAUUUACAUUAUACGGAACAUAGUUAUAUAGGUUUUAGGUUCGCAAAAGUCCUUUGUUCUAGUUAAGUAAGGUGGAGAAAUGAGAAAGAUAAAAACAUACCUAGAUCAUAAGAACAUGAUGAAUUUUAGAUUUGCCUAGACUCGAAAGUUAAUGGAUUCGUUUUGGGCUCGCAGUUUUAAGAACACUUUGUUAUCAAUGGAUAUAGACACGCGUAUUUCUUUUGGACUCGUGACCAUUCUGAGGACCUCAAAUCAGUAGUUGAUUGCGGAAUUUCGAUCUAGAUUGCUUCCCCUUCAAAGUUUUGUUUUAAUUUUCGCUUAGUGUGAGACUGAAAGUGCGCCUAAAACUGUAGAAAUCCAAGCCCAAUAUUAUAGUGAAGACGCAUACAACACAACCCAUACAUGAAUCAAAUGCUUUAUAACCAUAUUGUUUGAACGGAUAGAACGAAUGGGGGAGAAUACCUUAACGUAGAAUUAAACCAAAUUAUCAAGGUUCUAGAACUUAAAUCAUUAGCUUGUAACGACAACAGAUCAGAUAAGAGAGAAGAACACGAGUUAUUUGAAUUUAACUGGAGGCGUCCUGAAUCAAUGAAUAUUGAUUUGAAUUCCACUGAAUUAAGAACAUAGCCAAUAUAUAAAUGUAGAAAUGAAGUAAUUGCAAGGAAACAACACAUGGAAUGUAUUUUUGAUAGAACCGGAAACAUAAGCAGCUGAAAUUAGCGAAUCAAAACACAAAUGUUGUUAAUGCUAAGCUCUAAAUAAUGUCCUUUGAAGUUGCAUUCAAACAAAGAUUUAAAACAAGCUUGUAAGAAAAAUAAACCAAUAAAUACACACGUAUAUAUAUGGAUACACAAACCUCUAA